UCUGAAUUUGGUACAGCAAGUGGAAGCCACCACCAGCUCCAUGGUAAGUGUGCUCCAGGACCCAGAGCAGGACAAUUACCUGUCCAACAGCCAGCCCAUGAACUCCAGCAACAUCACAGCUGGUCUGGACCACUUGUUCCAGUACUCUUACUCAGACAAUGACCAGCUCUACAAGGAGUACAAACCCCCUCCUCGAGACGCCAUUCCGCUGCCCAAGGCUGUUCUCUACCUUCUCAUGGCAGCCCUGGUGGUGGUGGCAGUGGCAUAUGCCAUUGUUGGGCAUCUCAUUAAAGACCUCUUCCACGACUUCAUAGACUGGAUCUUCGGCCCCAACCCGGAUGACAACAGCAACAAGAGUGACAUCAACUGCAUCAGCAACAGCGUCAAUGAGAUGAGCGCCAUGCCCGAGGCCCCGCAGCGCCGGGACCGCCACCUCCAGGACGUGGUCAUUGCCAUCGGCGAGACCUCCCACCUCCCACGGCAGACGUGACCGGAGUG